UAUUUACACUUCUCUUUGUUUUAUGGACCAUCAGAGGUUGAAAAAAAAACAAUCUUUGUAUUGAUUGGAGGACGGAUAACCAAGGGGUCAAGGUGGUAGUCUUUUGCAUCAACCCAAUAGUUUCCAGCCGUUCUGGAACCUCACAAAUUUCAGUUGCUCUUAGGCGUGCAUGAGGUAAGCAUUGCUUUUUUGAGUGUGCUAAACUUCGUUUUUUAGUUUUGUUUUUUAUACUGUAUAUUUAAUCAAUAUGGCACCGAAGAAAGAGAAAAGUGACAGUGAAAAUAGAAAACGUUUUAGUGUAGCAUUAAAGAAAGAAAUUAUUGCAAAAUACGAGAAUGGCAUUCGUGUUUCUGACAUCGCUAAAGAAUAUAAUAUGACAAAAUUGACUAUCUCUACAAUUAUUAAAAACAAAAAAGCAUUUAAGGCUGUGAAUGUGAUAUCGAAACAAAGAUCUAAAGUUUUAGAUGAAGUUGAAAAACUGUUGCUAAUGUGGAUCAAUGAAAAGCAACUUGCUGGAGACAGUGUUAGUGAAGCUAUAAUUUGUGAAAAGGCUAAAAAUUUAUACAAUGACUUGUUGACCCAGACACCCAGUACAAGUGCAGACAGGCAGGACUUUAAAGCGAGCCGAGGGUGGUUUGAUAGGUUUCGUCGACGAACUGGCAUUCACAGUGUCAUAAGACACGGGGAGGCUUCAAGUUCAGAUGAAAAAGCAGCAAAAGCAUUUGUAGAUGAAUUCGCAGAGUUUGUAAAAAGUGAAGGAUACGUCUGGAAUCAAGUGUUUAAUUGCGAUGAGACCGGUCUUUUUUGGAAAAGAAUGCCUAGACGAACGUACAUAACCCAAGAAGAGAAAGCACUUCCCGGGCACAAGCCCAUGAAGGACAGACUCACUCUUUUAUUUUGCGCUAAUGCAAGUGGUGACCUCAAAAUCAAGCCACUUUUAGUCUACAACGCUGAAAAUCCCCGUGCCUUUAAGAGCAAAAAUGUGAUAAAGUCCAAACUGCCUGUACAAUGGAAGGCAAAUAGUAAGGCAUGGGUAACUCGGACUUUAUUCAUGGAUUGGCUCACAGAAGUGUUUGCUCCUACUGUUAAAAAUUAUCUUCAGGAAAUGGAUCUUCCUCUUAGAUGUCUUCUCUUAAUGGAUAAUGCUCCAGCACAUCCACCAAAUUUGGAGGACGACUUGGAUAGUGAACAUGACUUCAUCAAGGUCAAAUUCCUUCCACCCAACACAACUCCAUUACUGCAACCAAUGGAUCAGCAAGUGAUUUCCAAUUUUAAAAAGCUGUAUACCAAGGCACUGUUUACCAUGUGUUUUCAGGUUACCAAUGAUACCGACUUAACUCUUAGAGCUUUUUGGAAGGAGCAUUUUAACAUCCUGCAUUGUAUCAACCUUAUUGACAAAGCCUGGAGUGAGGUCUCUCACCGCACUUUGCAAUCGGCCUGGAGGAAACUUUGGCCAACUUGUGUCCCAGAGCGAAACUUUCAGGAAUUUGAAGAAGAGAGCUCUCCUGAUGUAGUGCAUGAAAUCGUGUCCAUUGGCAAGAGUUUGAGAGUAGAGGUAGAUGAUGCAGACGUGGAGGAGUUGCUGAAAGACCAUCAAAAUGAACUAACGACAGAAGAGCUGGUUGCCAUGCAGGAAGAACAGAUGAAAGUCUUACAAGAAGAGCAUUCGUCAGAGGAAGAGGCUAGGGAAGAAAUCACCAGUGCUGAGAUCAAGGAAAUUUGCAGAAAAUGGAAUGAUGUGCAGGAAUUUAUCGAGAAGCACCAUCCUAACAAAGUUGUGGCUAAUAGGGUCAUUAAUUUAAUGAACGACACUGUGCUAGCGCAUUUUAGAAAAAUUUUGAUUAAGAGAGCAAGACAAUCAACUUUAGACCACUUUCUUGUUCCUUAUCAAAAGAGACCUCGACUCGAAGAAACUCCCGAUGCAGUGCUACCCGAUAUUUUUAUGGAGGGGGAUUCCUCUUCCAAGCAUUAAGCUCCGUAGAAACAAAGGUAUAUACAGUGCUACUUUAUUAAAGUUUACAUAUUUGUUGCUGUAAUGAUAGAUACUACGUUUUGUUAUAUUUUCAUCAAAGAA